AUGGUUCUCCUCGGCACCAUCCCACGCAGCCGAAGCUUGGAGUCACUCCGCAAGGACCUCUUCCAUACCAUCACCCACACCACUGAAGGAGUCUACUUCCCCGCCGGCUGCACCCUUCUCGGAAGCAAGGAGGCCGACAAGGAGGUCAUUGCUGCUCUCUGCCCCCAUGAGGAGUUCAAGGCCACGGACAAGGGCAUCGCCCAUCUGACGAAGCUCUUUGUCCAGUGCAACAAGUGGCUGCCUGUCCUGGAGAAGCGUGAUCCCAAGGCCUACUGGGGCGUGGUCGCUUUCACCACCUCCCAGAUGCAGUCAAUCACCUUGUCUCCCGAGAUGGCCAAGGCUCUCGUCAUGUCUCUCCUCAAGGCCCGCCAGCUCUGGAUUCUCCGCCAGGAGAACCCGGAUGCUGCCAAGUCGAACGUCAAGACUCAUCUCGCUGCUAGCAUUCAGCGACUUCUUGAAUGCUUCGAAAAGCGUGCCAAGAAGCCCGUUGGAGCCGGUGGCAUCCAACAGGACUGGAAGUUGACCGAUAAGCAAAUCGAAGAUGCUUGCAAGGCGCGCAUGGGUCCUGGAAAGCGUGUGUCCAAGAACAGGAUUGCGCUCUCCUUCAAGUCGCCUCACCCGCUCGUCCCCAUUGGACAGCUCUCGAGCACUCCUCAGCUAGAGCACACACCCCUCAACCCUCUCGGCAUGCUCGACAGCUCUGUGGAGAAAAUCACCCCGGCUGAAGCUGUCCAGGCGCUUCUCUCUACCCAGAUCCAUGAUCUACUCCGCGACGGACAGCCUGACGACCAGCAGCCCGUCGGCAAAAGAGCCUCUCAGAGCGUCCGCGAUGACGAUGCUCAGAGCCGAUCCAGCAAGUCGUCCAGCCUCAUGGGCCGCAUGGCGCCAUCUGCGCUGAAGUCAAAAUUUAAGUCCUCCUGGAUGAAGAGUCCUGUGUACCGCAAGGACAUGGGCAAGGCCAGCGCCGAGGCCGCAAAGCGAGCUCAAACUGUCGACGUGUCCCCAACUUCAAAGAAGACGGGCAAGGCCAAUGCCGAAGCCGACAAGCGAGCUCAAACUGCGGAGGAGUCUCUGACUCCAAAGGCUAACACCAAGGGCAACCCUUCGUCCACCAAGAAACGCUUCAUGAACGAGCUGCCUAGCAAUGCGGCCAAGAAGCAGGUGGUCGCCAAGGGAACUGCACGCUCUGUCUCGAUGCCCACCACCAACCCGGCUUCAGUUGAUCCUACUCAGCAGGCUCAGGCCUCUCGCUCUGUUUCUCUGCAGGUGAAGAAGGGAUCGCAGAAGUAG